AACUGUUUUCUCAAACCGUAUUGUUGUUUCUUCUUUUCUUCUUGUCUUCUAAUACUCUUCUUUCUCUCUACCAAGUUUGUUGUAUCAUGGAUAGAUUAUAUAGAGAUAGAUAGGUCCAACUUUCAUCGAAAAGAUUCCGUUGUAUGCGAUUGAAGCGCAAUAUUACAUUGAUGAAAUUUCUUAUUUGGUUCAAGAUUUGGGUUUGUUGCAUUCUAGGGUGCCUAUGCUUCUGCACUCGACCUGAUUCAUUGCCUCAUGGACCCUUUUGAUGAUCUUCUACCUGAGGCUCCUGUUGCACGCAUUCGGCCGGGUGCCAAGUUUGCUCCAAAGGCCAAAGCGAAACAGCGGCCACGAAAGGAAGUACCUUCGUCGGAACAUGCCACCUCAUCUAAAGAUGCUGGGAAUCAAUGUCAAAAUGUAGGUCCUUCCACGCUAAAUGUGCCAGCGAAAGAAUAUGUGGGAUUCAUUCAUCAUACGCAGGUACACUUUCCAAAUUCUGAAAGUGGAAAUCCUGAACAAGUUAGUGUGGAGGGAGAUAGUGCAGCCUUGGUGGACGGUUCCACAAUCACAGCAUCUGAUAUUGGUGCUGGUCAGAAUUCUACAAACUUCUUAGAAUCAGUAUGUGAGGCUGGUCCAACAGAUUUUGACGGGGACUCAGUCACUAACUUCGUUUCUGAAACCAACCUCAACAAUGGCACGGAUUUGGGCUUCGAAAGUGUUUCAGCUAAUAAAGUUGCAAUAACUCAGACAGUUGAUUCAAAGUCAAACAUUGGGAAAGAACCAGAGGUAGUAUCUGCAGAGAUUGAAUUGGAUCCUUUCAGUGACAUCCUCCCUGAUCUUCCUGCUAGGAAUGUUCAUAAAUUUAAACCCAAGAUCAAGCCACGACCUAGAGUAGGCAAUAUGCCGGCUUCUGCUUCAUGUGAUGUUAUGAUGGAAAAAUCUGUUGAGUUGCCUACUUCAUACUCAACGGACUUUCAAUCUUUUCAGUCUACUAGUGUACUAAACCAAUCAACCAGUUUACCUUUGCCAACGUCAGAGAUUCUUAGGAAGACUUAUAUGCCCGAUAAGUUUGGUAACACAAGCUCAAAUGUUUCAAUAUCUGAAGACAGUAAGAGCUUGGCAGCAGCAAUUCCUUCCCAAUUGGAUUCCCUAAAUGCUAUGCUUUCAGGGGACGCAGUUCAUAAUGGUACUAGAGAUUGGCCUUCUACCUUUGGUAAAUCAUCUGGAGAGGCUGCAGACAUUUUUUCUGGGUUGGAAUCCCUUGAUGACUUUCUCACCCAAGCUACUACUGAUACAGGAAAACCGGCUCUUCAUUCUUUCAAUGAGAAGGGUGCAGAGGAAAAUUUUGUCACACCUGUUUGUAGUUCUAUUAACUCCUUUACGGAAUGUGAUAAUACCCAAGUUCAAAGAUGUCCUGAAUAUCAUACACCGCAAGAUCCAGUAACCUUCAAUGAAGCUACUGAUCUCAAUGAGAGUGACACUCACACUAAGAAUAGAAUGUCGGAAACAGAGGAAAUUGAGGACCUGAAUCCCGCCUAUCCAAGAGAUGAUGUUUUUGAUUAUCAAUCCAUGAAAUCUGGUGAAGAUCCAACUUAUGGAAUUCCAGUGCAUGAAGACUUGACAAAUGCUGCUGACAGUUCCACAUUGGCUGAUUUUUUGCAUGCAAAUGAUUCAAGGGAAAAAGAAGUUGCUAAUCAAAGGAAAAGGGAUGGCUCAGACUCAUGUUCUCUGAGGAAGAACAAAAGAUCUUCUAUUUCUGGUGAGGAGGAUAAUGGUGGUAAAACCUCAAGGCAGCGGAGAAAACUAGCAGCAUGUAAACCUAGAAACAGCUCAUUCAAUGAGGAUGUUGAAGAUGAUAAUGACAUUGAUCCUCCUUAUCAUUCUAAUGAACAUGAACUUCAAGAAAAUGAUGAUGACUAUGAAGUUGAUCAUUCAUCCAAGAAGAAGAGAGGAUCAAAGAGUUCACAGAAGAAAUCUGUGGCCAAAAGUGGAAAAACAUCUCGAAGGCGUAAGAAGGCUGAUGAUGAUUUACAAAAAACUAAGGAACCUCCAAAAAAGUUCUCUCAUUCAACCCGACGAAAGAAAAGAUGUGUGGACAAGGCUCUGCUGGAAAUUCCUGAGGACGAACUUGAUCCUCGAACAUUGCCUAUAAAAGAUAUUAUUUUACUUGCAGAACACAGGGAGCGGCAAGCGAAAAAAGAUGCGAUGACUUCAAAUAUGUCUCCCUCCAAUCAAAGUGGUGGAGAUUCUCUUCAUGGGGCUGGUGCGUAUAAUGAACAGGAGUUCUCAGGUUCAGAAGAUGGUGGAGACCCAUAUGAUGAUCAAGACAAUGAAAGGAUUGAUUCAACUCCCGUUCUAUACAAUUACCAUACUUUCAUGGAAAAGACACCUAGGGGGAAAUGGUCAAAACAAGAUACCGAACUGUUUUAUGAGGCUAUUAGGGAGUUGGGUACAGAUUUUUCUAUGAUACAACAGCUUUUCCCUGAUAAAACCCGCCGUCAAAUUAAGUUGAAAUACAAGAAGGAAGAGCGGGAGCAUUAUUUACGGUUAAGAGAUGCUAUACAUAACCGUGCAAAAGAUCAUUCUCAUUAUAAUUUGUUGAUUGAACGAUUGCAACAAUCUUCCACCAAGGCAGAGGAGGUUAUGGACCCGACAACAGGAACUAAUGAAGAGGUUGUGGAGGCUGCAACAAUUAAGCAUGAUGUGGAUGUUAAAGAACAGGAAGUUUCUGCGGCAGUUCAGAGUCCAGAGGAAUAUGAUGACAGUGAGGAUGACUCUCUAAAAUGGUCUCAGUAUAAAAGUCUCUAUUAGGGACAGAAUGAAAGUAAAUCACUUUUAUCUCAUUUUAUUUUCAGAAUAGGUAGUGCGAAAUUCUUUUACUUGCUCAAAAUUUGUGAAAUUAUUCAUUUAACCGUCCUCUGCUACCAUUUUCCAGCAGGGCCUCUUUUCAAUUUUGCAUGUAAUAAUGUACAAUUUAUCUAUCAAAAACGUAUCGUUAAUUCAUCGAUUCCUUUUA